UUUUGUCAUAUUUUUGCUAGAUUAUUGGUUUUUCUUGUACCAGCAACUAAAUCAUUCUUGGAUUUUUGCAUUCUCUUGUGCAGUCCUUUUAUAAUGGAGUGUUUGAAGGAAUUUUAUUUGGCGUAUGAUGAUACCCAAUUGAGAGGGAAUGGGGCUGAUCUUCUAUCGAGAGUUGCAAAAAGGUUUUUAAACAAAAAGAACGAUGUAUCCAUCAAACAGCCAGAGUUGAAUGUGCAACCUUCCUCUGUUGUCUUCCCUAUUAGUUAUCGGCAUAUUACAAGAUACUUCGUUGCCCUGACGACAGAAACUGAGAAAUCACAGCAAGAUGCUUUAUUCAACAAGAUUCUGACUAAAUCUGUGGUGUUUCAUUUCUGGAACAGUGUGACAUCUUCCCUCACUCCAGAGCCAGAGAGUGUUGUGAUAAUGUACCUUUGGCAUUGUGCAAAUAGAACAUCAUUUUCAGGGCAUGGGAAGCCUAAUGAAUAG